UGCACUCAUAGAAAAGCCUCUGUGAUUCGUUGAUUGAUGGGAACUUUGAGAUGGCAGCCUGACCUCCUAUAGCUAAUAAACCCACGUGAUGAUCUUUAGCUGUCAAUCGGAGAAGUUUUUCGAAAGUAAGACACAGCGAUAAUUCAAAACUUUUUUACAAAAGAAGCCUUAACACAAUUCUUGGAAAAGUUUGCCAGAUGAACGUUUAGAUUGUUGGCAAGAACAAGUGACAUCCGUAAACAGAGAAACUUACGAUAUAGGAGGUAUAUACGAGUAUAGUGACAUAACAGCCAUCUAGACAAUACAAAGAUGGUACAAGACACUCGGAAUAACAACACAACAGACGCCUGAAUCCGUUCAAAAUAUGAACGCAAUUAUCAAUGAUGCUGAUGAAGUAACAAAUAGGGAUUUAAUCACGCGAACAACACCCUCAAGAAGGGAGACGUCAAAUUCACUGUGAUAUGAAAGUGCAGGGAAUACUCGUGGGGCUUUAUUUUUACCUGAUUUGCCCCACUAACAUAUUUGGAUUAUGGUGGGCAGUUGGGAGUCCCCUGGUUGUCCUAGACCCAAACAGUAUAUGCAGGAAAUCCAAAAGACUAGCAGGAAAACAGCGCGAGAUAUGCAAAAAGGAACCCGAGAUUGUACGAGAAGUUGCAAAUGGCGCUAAAUUAGCUUUGAAAGAAUGCCAAUGGCAGUUUCGGAAACGAAGGUGGAACUGCGAUACAAAACAUCAUUUUAGUAGAGUUUUAUUAAGAGAUACGCGAGAAACAGCAUUCAUCAACGCAGUAACAGCCGCUGGUGUCGUAUACACUGUCACACAAGCGUGCAGUAUGGGGCACCUUAUGCAAUGCUCAUGUGAAAGCGAAUAUAGAGACAUAUCGAAAGACGAUAAAUGGGUUUGGGGAGGUUGUGGCGAUAACGUUAAGUUUGGAUAUAUUAAAUCAGCUGAAUUUAUGGACGCUAGACCGAAAAAGAAAAGAGUUGAUUUGAGGACUCUUAUUUUACAACAUAACAAUGAGGCUGGUCGACUGGCGGUCAAGCAAAACAUGAGGAAAGAAUGCAAAUGCCAUGGAUUGUCAGGAACGUGUACUUUAAAGACUUGUUGGCGAAAGAUGCCCAUAUUUAGACAUGUUGGCAACAUAAUUAAAAAAGCCUUUGAUUCAAGUGCAAAAGUACAAAUAACAAACGAUGGAAAGAGAAUAAUACCAGAGAAAGACAGUAUAAAAAGGCCAACGAGAGAAGACUUGGUGUAUUCUGAAAAAUCGCCGUCGUAUUGCAAUAAAAACCGUAAAUAUGGUUCACUCGGAACACGUGGACGGGAAUGUGACCCCAAUCACGAAGGGGUGGGAGGGUGCGGCAUAUUAUGCUGUAAUAGAGGUUAUACUAAAAACCAGAUAACAGUCAGGGAGAAUUGCAAAUGCAGAUUUCACUGGUGCUGUGAGGUUAUAUGUGAGACUUGUGUCACCAAGAAAACGGUUCAUAAAUGUAACUAAGCACAGUUUUGAACCAGCUGCAAAAUGUGAACCGUCCUCGAUUGUUACUCGUUAAGAAUAAUGCCAUAAAAUUGCCAUACGACUUUUUUCUGAUAACACUCAAAUUUACGUCAAUUUAUCAGAAAAUAUUUACACGCUCCAUGCAUUGUUUGUACAAAUCGAACUACGGUAUUGUAGACUGUUGUAGACUGUCGUGCGUUUCGUUACAUGCGAAAUAUUUGUAGUUACAAGAUGUGUAGUUCAUGAGAUUGUGUUAUUUAUCGAUAAAUGUACAUGUAUUUUACAAUUUAAGGAAUCAAGUUUUUGGUAGAUCUGAAUAUCAUAUUUUGAUCAGAAAUGGAUAAGUUGUCAAAAGACGAAAUAAUGGCUCCAGU